UUCACUUGAACGAACGAGCGGGAGUUGUGAGGCUUCCAUUUUCAAACCUCGGGCGUAUGAAUUGACGAUGCUUUUCUUUGAUUUUGCUCUUGUUAAAGUUCUGUAGCUUUUGAAAGUAGAUAAUUUUAAGUAAACUACGACAAGAAACGAUGGAUUCAACAGAAGACGAUAUUUCGGCUCGUGUUUUGUUGAGGAGAGUCCUGCACACAGAGUUACCCAGAUCUCCUGUAACCAGAAGUGCAACAAAUGUACGGCGGAGUAUGAGGCUCAAAAACACCCCUGGACUGGAGAGUCCUGGAUCUGCCUUACGACACAGACUCAAGAAGAAGCUCCAUGAGAGUGCCUCCUCGUCACCCCUCCCUUCUCCUAAACGGCCGAGGUCAGCGGGGGCAAAUACGAACCCUCCUGUCACAGCCCCGUCCCCAGUGUAUGACGAGGACAUGACCACUCGUGGUCUGCUCAGGGGGAUCAUUCAGAUGGAGACUGAAGCAUCGCUGCUGAUGUCGGGUCAGCCUGCACUUCAAGAAUCCGAGCCGAAUCCAGCCGAGUCCAGUGCUGGAGAGAGAACUGAAGGUCUGUCUGGAGUGGAGCUGUCUGACCUGACUCUGCACACUGAACCCCUGACGCAUGUGGUCAGAGGACUGAGCCGCAAGAAACCGCAGCACGUCUUCAGUGUGUCAGCGUUCGAGGAACAGUUCGAUCAACUGCCAGACAACACAGAGGACACCUCGCAUGUCUUUCAUAAAGGUGAUGUCUCUCAGGCGAAAGGAGAUUCUUCUCAAGAUUUAGAUGUGUCUUCUGGCUCAAAAAGUGGGCUGAACCUGACCUUGAAGACCCCAUUUGUAGAGAAGCGCAUUGAGAGGGCGGGGCUUCAGAGGAAGGUCUCCAAUCGGAGGCUGCAGUCUGUGGAUGCGUUUGAUGAGGCCGUUCAGAGAUGCCUGGAGCAGUGUCCUAACCAAGAUCAGUCUGUGUUUCAGGAUGGAAAAACUCUAGAAGAUUCUUCCUGGCAGAAGUUCACUCUCGGCCUCAGUGAUGUCACAGAGCUUUAUGUCCAGUCUAAAAAAGAUGACACAAUGGGACCUUCUGCAGAGAAAGAGAGAGAACAUGAGCUCGAGAAAGCCAGGGAUAUUCCUGUCUCAGAACCUUUAAUUCAAGAAGAAAAAGAUCAUGAGAUGGAAUCACAGGAUGAGGAAGAGGUGGUGCCUUCAUCCCAAGAGGAUGUGUAUUUGAGAGCGGAAGAUGAUAUUGUACUUGCUCCAACGCAGGCGAUGACAGAAUCACUUCCUGAAUCUCAUGAUGUGGAGCUACAAGAUCGAGAAUUUGUGGAGGAAGUUGAGAUUGGGAACGUUGUGGAAAUUGAGUACGAGAACGUUGUGGAAACUGAGGAUCAGGAAGUUGUGGAAAUUGAGGAUGAGAAUGCCGAGGAAGUCGGGGAUGAGGAAGUCGAGGAUGAGAACGCAGAGGAAGUCGAGAAUGAGAACGCAGAAGAAUUCGAGGAUAAGAACGCAGAGGAAGUCGAGGAUGAGGAGUUGUUGAAGCUGACCUUGAAUAUAAUGACACCUCACAGUAUCCAGAGCGAAUAACUCGUAGAGCUCACCGCUCAGAGGGAGGAGGUGCUGUCUUGGGAAUUCCAGGCACCACGAGAGUCACAAAGAGUUUUGGAGCUGGAUUGAACCCCAGAGAGAAAGAUCUUUUGGAUUUUGUGGAUGAGGGCAGAGAGAGUUUACAGGACAUUCCAGAUGAAGAAAGAGAACCACUGGGCAGCCCUGAGUUUCCUCAGCUCCACCCUGCAGCAGAGCUCAGCACACCAGAGCAGAGGUCACAGCAGCAUGAGGCUAG